CACCUUUCAAAUCAAAAUUUAUUAGCCGUACCAUCUUCUUUUUUUCAGUCCUCUCUUUUUUUUGUUCCGCCUUCUUUUUCUCUCUGCGCUACCAUCCGCAACUCGUCACUCCUGUUUCCCCCUCCAGUUGUCGACGACUUUUUUCUCCCUUCUACAUACAAACAGCCUCAAGUUUCUUGAAGCUAACGGAAGAGAGAAACAAGAGUUCAUUUUUGAUUGACAUCAAAGAUAUUUGUUGUCGUCUUGUGAACUUCUGCAGCUUCCCCCACCAGUAACGCCUUUCCCCAAUUCACCUAACUCUUUAAUUGGUCUCAGCAGGCUUGGCCUAGUCACUCUUUCUAAACCGUGUCGUCUUCAAUUCUUUCAACUCUUACUACCCCUUUCUACUUAUUUCGCAACCCGCGAACUGCUUCACAUACCUAAAUACAAGUAAUCAUAGCAACAAUGGCCGACGAAAAGAGUCGUACCUCGGGCGAGAUUCCCCGACCGGAGCCAAAGGGCCCUAUUCUGCCCACUACCAACCUUGAGGCUGAAAAGCCCCAACCCCCAAAGCCAGCUGUUCACCCGGCUUUUUACGUCGCUGUUUGGAUCAGUCUGUCGUCAUCCGUCAUUCUAUUCAACAAAUGGAUCCUCGACACUCUCGAGUUCCGUUACCCCGUCCUUUUGACAUGUUACCACUUGUCUUUUGCGACUGUCGCGACCCAGCUCAUGGCGCGUUACACCUCUCUCCUUGACGGUCGCAAGUCCGUUAAGAUGACUGGACGCGUCUACCUCCGUGCUAUCGUUCCGAUCGGUGUCUUCUUCAGUUUGAGUUUGAUCUGCGGUAACUUGACCUACCUCUACCUCAGUGUCGCUUUCAUCCAGAUGAUCAAGGCCACCACCCCCGUUGCUGUCCUUCUUUCCAGCUGGGCUAUGGGACUUGCACCCCCCAACAUCAAGCAACUCCUAAACGUUUCCGCCAUUGUUGUUGGUGUUAUGAUUGCCUCGUUCGGUGAAAUCCGAUUUGUCUGGAUUGGUUUCCUCUACCAGCUUGGUGGUCUUCUCUUCGAGGCUAUCCGUCUUAACUUGGUCCAGGCUCUUCUCAGCUCCGCUGAGUACAAGAUGGACCCCCUCGUUUCCCUAUACUACUUCGCUCCUAUUUGCGCUGUCAUGAAUGGUGUUGUCGCUCUCUUCUGGGAAGUCCCCAAGGUUUCUAUGGCUGAGGUGUACCACGUUGGUCUAUUCACCUUCUUCUUGAACGGUCUCUGCGCUUUCUUGCUCAACGUUUCCGUUGUGUUCUUGAUUGGCAAGACUUCUGCUGUUAUCAUGACUCUUUGCGGUGUCCUCAAGGAUGUUAUGCUUGUCGUUGCAUCCAUGCUUAUCUGGGGUACUCCUGUCUCCGGUCUCCAGGCUUUCGGUUACACCAUUGCUCUUGGCGGUAUGAUUUACUACAAACUUGGUAUCGAAGCCAUUAAAGGAUAUGCUGGCGAAGCCAACAGACAAUGGGCAGAAUUCGGUGCCGCUCGCCCUGCUGUCCGCAAGAUCGUUGUCAUUGGUGCUGUACUAUUACUCGUCUUCGUUCUUUUUGGAGGCUUGGCUCCCACAUAUGCCCCCGACUACGACCCGUCCCAAUACCUUGCCGGUGCCGCCGAGAAAUUUGGCGUCUCUUCGUAAGCGAAAUGUGACAAGAUAUACAAACCUCCAUUUUCACAAUACGCUUUUGUAAUCUUCAGAGUGGAAGGGAGUUAUGGUUAGGCUCUACGAGAUCCGACCCGUGACGGGUGAACGCUACGUGAUGAGCUAGUACGCGUUUCCCUGAUUUUUCGAGUACAUACUUGCACAUAUUUUCGACCAUCUUAUGUUUGUGGGGGCGGUAGUAAUUGGAGAAAUUUUUCUUUGUGUUCGCGGACGCUGAUGAAAUGGGGUAGCCACAUGGAAUUAUUGUACGGCUAUUAGAAAGCAGAAAGGCGUCAAAUGCAAAAGGACUUGGACUGCAUCUGUUUGCAUCACGAUAGGGCUAAUCUUCAUGUAACUUAGAGAGCCUAGGAGGAAUUAGACCUGAAUGGAAACGAAACUAAAAAUUGCAUAUCAAA